AUGGGAAUAAGCCCAACAUCCUCGCUCACGAGGUUAGUCCGUACGGGCAGGAUACGAAUACCGGUAUCGUCUGGCAAGAAGUAUUCAACAACUCAACCAGACCACGUCCAAACGUUACUUCGUAACUCCGAAUUAACCGAGGAAGACGCGGUCAACGAGCUGCGAUGGAUCACUCAGGAAGUACGAGAGAAAGCCAUCAGGCAGAUAUCCAGAGGUAGGAUGCCAGAGGUGGAGGAGGAUAGUAUAGCUAAGAAGGUGGAGAGGAGGGGAAAAGGUGAACCGAUACAGUAUAUAUUGGGAACAACCGAUUUCGGUCCUCUGACAAUUCAAUGCCGUCGACCCGUCCUGAUCCCCCGACCCGAAACAGCCCAUCUAACCCAACAACUAUCCUCCCUCAUCCUCUCAUCUAUCCCUCCAUUAACCUCAAGAGAUCGACCGAGUGCACCAUUGAACAUCCUAGAUCUAUGCUCCGGUACAGGAUGUAUAGGUUUACUCUUAGCUAAAUUGAACCCUCUUUCUAGUGUGACGGGGAUAGACAAUUCGCCAGUGGCUGUUCAGUUGGGAAUGAUCAAUGCUCGUGAUUCCCAUUUGGAUGAUAGGGUAAAGUUCAGAUAUGGUAAUAUGUUUACAACCGAUCCAACAAGUUUGUUAUCUACCGGUGGAAAGUAUGGAUUGAUCAUAUCGAAUCCACCUUAUAUCCCUUACUCGCAAUAUCAAAUUCUUCCAGCCAGUGUAAGAGAGUACGAAUCACCAAAUGCACUACUAGGUGAUGGUGUAGAUGACAAGGAAGGAAAAGGGUUGAAAUACUAUGAAAGGAUUGCUGAGAUCUUACCUGAUCUACUACUUGGUCAAGAAGAACUAGAAGCGAAGGGAUGGAAAAGAAUUCCAAGGCUGGCAUUGGAAAUUGGACAAGGUCAAGCGGGAGAUGUGGUCGAAAUAGUGAAAAGUAGUAAAGGGGGAUUGAUAGGGAAGAUGGAAGUUUGGAAAGAUCAGUUUGGAGUAGAGAGGAUGGUAGUAGGAUGGGGAAAGUGA